AUGAAGGCCGUCUUGCCGGGCAACCCGCGCUCGAGGCUCCAAGGGCUCGCCUCGGGUUACUGGGACUCGCGACACAUUAAUGUAUACAUCACAGGCAGCGCCUUUGCAAUCUUGGAAGGAUCCCACGGCAUUCUACAGACCGUUUACGAUGAAGGCGAACAACCGCUAGAAGCCAUCGCAUUCGACGAAGCGACAGGCAAGAUCGCUACUUGCACAUUGACCCAAGUCCGGGUGUACAAGCCAUUCGGGUCACACGAAGACACUUUGAAGUGGGCGCUCGAAUCGACCUUGGACAUUCCCUAUCCGAACCCCGACGUGCCCUGUACAUUGUCAUGGGGAAGCUCCGCAGAGCUGUUGCUGGGCACACAAUACCUGUCCCUUUUCGACACCAAGACCGAACCGAGGUGUAUCUGGCAAAAGAAGCUGCCGAGCAUCGCCAAAUAUGCCUUAUUGUCGUACGAUUCGAGAUACAUCGCCACGUCCAGCCAUCAUGACCACUUGAUCAAGGUCUGGAGGAGACUCAACUUUGGUGCCGACGAAGUCAGAUUUGAUCUCACAUACCUCCGACACCCGAAUAUCAUAACCUCUGCUAGAUGGCGCAGACCAUUCCAUGUUGAGCAGGCCUCCGACAAUGUUCUAUACACCACUUGUCUCGAUAAAUGCAUACGAGUCUGGACACCUACCGACUCACCUGACGGGAAGCAUUGGCAGCUAUGGGGACAGGUGGAUCUUUGCGCGCCAUCGCAAGAAAACCCAGAGGGCUUGGACAUGCGCUUCGCUCUGGUUCUUGACGGGCGAGACUUCACAGCCUCUGUAGAACAAGCUGUUCAGGCGCGAAUGUCUGACGACUCAACCACCGACGACCCCGUUGCCCUAGAUCACCUAGUCGCAGUCGCGACCAAGAACCCAGAAAUAUGUAUAGCUCUUGAUGGGAAGGGCAUCAUGUCGGCAUGGGCGCUCGAGAAUGUCGGCAGUAGUACCGCGAAUUCACCAACCCUAUUCAAGGUGGCUCAAGUCAAGGAUGUCCAUUUUGAGCUUCUCGGCAACUUCCUUCCAGUUCAAGACACGCCUCACACAGAGAUACAAACGUAUUGCGACAAGGAGAGUGGCAAGGUUCACUUUAUGUUACAUGCAUUCGACGGAAGAAUAGGCGUGUUUACCGGAAGUGUUGCUGAUCUCUUUGACCCUAUGACCAAUGAUCGACGUCUCGCCCUUCAAACCAUCUGGUCUGGACAUUCAACUUCGAUUACCAAGAUCGUCCGAAAUUUCAGCGGACGAGCGGUGGUCUCUCGAACCAGAGACGGCGAAAGUAUCGUGUGGAAGCAUAUUUUCAGCCCACGGGACAACUCGGGCCUGACCUUGACACGAGGGAGCGUUAUCCCCGAGAAGGGUCACAUACAUCGCAUAUGUGUGCUGAGAAAGGGGCGUUUUGUGGUUUUCCUUCGUCAUGACACAUUCUCGCUCUGGGACUGUAGGACAAGUCGAGCUACUGCCCUCUCUCAGUGCGACUACGAGGUGUCAGGGAAGCCACUGUGCCUCAUCAUUCUGCCUCGAUCGGAUGUCAAGAACUAUACCGUUGCCCACAUUGCGACAAUAACGUCGGAAGGACACGGUAUCGUGUGGGAGGUUCAACUGCCUUGUUACUUUGAUGACCCAAAGACAACAGCUGGGGCCAAUAUCGAGGAACUGUGUCGCUUUGAAAUAAAGGAUAUAAAGAGCCUGGCCUAUGUGCUGCCAGUUGAUCCUGCAGGUUCGCAGCCCAUCGUCUCGGGCUUUCUCGAUAUAUUCGCUCGCGAUGUUGCCAUUUCUUAUACACACACGGGUCGCGUGGACUUUUGGACUGCACGAGUUGACCCUGAACAGCGAAGCGUUGGAUGGCUAUCGACGUGUACCACGGAGACGGGAGUUUCUGAGCCAGCACUGGUCAGUGGCAGUACAUUGAAGAAGGCUGCCCUCGUGAAUUCGUCGAGAUCGCAAUUGACAAUUUGGGACAUUGGUGGUGCUCGUCUUGAAUACGAGAAUAACUUUCAGGAACACCAGGUGAUCCAAGAUCUCGACUGGACAUCAACACCCGAUGGCCAGUCUAUUCUCGCCGUUGGUUUCCCUUACCGAAUCAUCCUACUCUCUCAGAUGCGAUUUGAUUAUCUCAACAAGGGCCCAGCAUGGGCACAAAUUCGCGAGAUCAGCAUUCGAGAACUCACACCUCACCCAAUCGGUGACUCAACCUGGUUGGGCGACGGCCACUUGGUUAUUGGUGCCGGCAACCAGAUGUUUGUGCAGGACAGGCACGUUGGAAUCUCCGAGUCUAUGAAGAUGGAUCUGCGUCUUCCUCUGCGCAAAGAUGGCAAACUAGACUUGUUUCAGGUCGUUCAAAGAUUCAACGGCCCCUUACCAGUCUUUCAUCCCCAAUUUCUUAUGCAAUGCAUUCUUUCAGGGAAGGCGAUCCUUGUCAGGCGCAUUCUGGUGGCUUUGCAUAAGACCUUGAAAUACCACAUUGACGGCGAAAUGCUGGAUGACUACCUAGGAAUGGACUUGAGCGAAUUCUAUAUGCCCGAGCAAAGUCAUACUUUAGCUGUUGAUAAGUCUUCUGGGGCGUAUCUGAAUGGAAGCAACACGGAUGAGACCGAUGACGAGGAUGUUUUUACGGAGCAGACGGCGGUCUCGAUCAACGAGAAGCUCGUCAAGAUCGAUAUCAUCCAGCUCUCAGGACACGAACAGAUCCAGCUCGCUGACAUCAUUGAAUGCGUUGCCCUUGUUGAGAGACAUCGGCGAUCGAUGGACGAGAAUGGUGCUCGAUUUAUGCUGCUGUUCCGCCAACAUGCCCUCCGUAAAGGACGAACCAACGAGAUGCACCUCUCAUGGCGUGAAAUCAACUGGGCUUUCCACUCCAACAGCCAAGAUAUUCUGGUUGACUUUAUAUCGCGACAGAACCAUGGCAGUAUGCUUUGGGAACAUGCUCGUGAAAGUGGCCUGUUCAUGUGGCUCACUGAUCCUACCGCACUCAAAGCUCAAUUCGAGCUGAUCGCCAGAAACGAGUACGCAAAGAACGAGGUCAAAAACCCGGUUGACUGCAGCCUUUACUACCUCGCGCUCCGGAAGAAGACGAUCCUCCAAGGGCUUUGGAGAAUGGCGAACUGGAACAAGGAGCAGGCAGCCACUCAACGCCUGUUGGCAAACAAUUUCGAAGACCCUAAAUGGAGAUCGGCAGCACUCAAGAAUGCCUAUGCCUUGCUUAGCAGGCGGCGAUUCGAGUAUGCUGCAGCAUUUUUCCUUCUUGCGGACCACCUCCAUGACGCUGUUCAGGUUUGUCUGAAUCAGCUGAAAGACAUGCAAUUAGCCAUCACAAUAUCGCGCGUCUAUGAAGGCGAUGACGGCCCUGUUUUGCGCCGUCUUCUUCAAGAUACAGUACUCCCACUAGCAGCACAGGAGGGUAACCGCUGGCUGGCUGCAUGGGCCUUCUGGAUGCUCGGCCGUAAAGAUGUGGCCGUACGAGCACUUAUUACACCGGUGUAUACUCUCUUGGAAACACCCUGUUCACCAGACAUCAAGUCUCGGUUGUUUUUGACAGACGACCCUGCCUUGGUUGUCCUUUACUCACAUCUACGUCACCAGACUCUGCAAACUUUGAGAGGAGCAUCCAAGAUUACACCGAAAGUUGAGUGGGAGUUUGUGCUGCACAGCGCCAAGCUAUAUGAUAGAAUGGGAUGCGAUCUUUUGGGAUUGGAUAUAGUACGUAAUUGGGAGUUCCAACAAUCACCUGGAGCAACUGGCCUUGGUGGAGAGGUCAACCCUCUGAAGCUGCUUCGUCGGAGAAGCUCUUUGGUGGUUGCCGACUUGCCUUCACCAACUCUUAAAUUCGACUCUCAUCGGGAGAACAAGAAGACGGUCAAACCACCACCCACGACAUUUGAAGAGCCAGAUGCUGGCUCUCUGCUCGACAGUUUUGGCUUCUGA